UGUAUUGUGCAUUUAUACAUUUUCGGGUAAUUUGACUUAAAUGUUUCGCAUCUUGCCUUUUCUUGAUUUGACAAAACUACUUACCUUCUCCGUGAGCGCAGUUCCUCCGCCUCCAAUUCCACAGCCAAUAAAUCCGCACAAGCGAGUUUCUCCACCACGUUCUUCGUACAAACUACAAUCCGACUACAACAAACCGACACUUUCCGGAGUAUUCUCCCUCUUCGUCAUCGUGUCGGGACCCGCGCAGCCACCGCCUGGACUCGUAGGCUGAUCGGCACUGCGUCCGCCUGGCGGUGCCCGAACCCACCCUGUAAUCUGUUGCUGGGUCGAACGUUGAAGUUGAAGAAUGGAGUUGAAUGAAGAACAGCUUAAGUUGGCAGAAAACCAGCUGAAAAAACACCUACCUUCCUCACUCAUGGUGUAUGGAGCACUUGUCAUGAGGAACAGGGUGAGUUCAGACCCCCUGGAUGUCAUCGUGGACACAUGGCCAGACUUCAGAGUUAUCAUCUGCAGACCUCAAGUCACCCAGGUACAUUCAUGCUGCUCAUGUUCCACUGUAACCACAGCCAUCGGUCACCAGUUUGGUCUCCAUGCUUUCCAGAGGGAGGACCUGUUCAAAGACAGCCUGGUGUUCACAACGGAUUCAAAAGCGCUGGAGGAGCUGGUCAGAAGAGACCCAGUGUUCGACUGGACCCAACAUUUUCGUUUUGUUAUUGAUCUCAAAGACAUCAGCCUAUUCAAAACAUUUGCAUCUGAAAAAAAAGUGCCUUGCAGUGAACUGGCCAUUUGUCACAUGAUGACACUGACAGAUGUCAACAAACUUCCACCUGUGGACAGCACUGGGGUCAGACUCGCCUCCCUCACUGAAUCCCACAUUCAGCUAGUGAACCAGACAUGGAAGUUCAGCGAGGGCAUGGCUGAGACUAUGAUCCGCAACAUGAUUCGCAACUUUCCCUCCAAGUGUGUUUUGGAUGAGAGAGGGCAGCCGGUCUCCUGGAUCCUGACGUACAACUCAUCUGAAUUGGGAAUGUUGUACACGCUCCCAGAGCACCGGGGGAAAGGCUACGCUAAAAUUCUGAUCAGCACCAUGGCCAGGAGUCUUCACAGUGAGGGCUACCCCGUCUACUGCGCCAUCGAGGAGAAGAACCUUGUCUCCUACAGACUCUUUCAAAAGCUUGGCUUCACUGAGGACCCUGGAUACAGAACAGUGUGGUAUGAAUUUAAUGAUUUACCUUGAUCAAAAAUGGGCUUUCACUGCAAAAAUUAAUUUAAAAAAAAUGGCAAAGAUAAGAAGAUCUUGGAAGAAGACCAGUUCAGCAUCAAAGCAAGAUGAUUGUAUAACCAGCAAAACACGUUAUUGCCUUUAAUGUUGUGUAAUAUGUUGAUCUCGGGGUGUGGUGCCAAGUAAACCAUUUCUGCUUUAAGUGUUGAAAACGAAACCACUUAAUUUUCACUAAAGGGUGGCAGUUACCAGAAUUUUUAUAUAUAUAUAUAUAUAUAUAUAUAUAUAGUAAGAUUUCAUCUGAUCUGUUUCAACUUUAACUAUGUUUGGGUUCAUCUUUUGUUUCAUCAGAAAUGUCAGCACAACAACGCGAUUAAAAACAAAUGACGUGCUUGUGGAUUGUUUGGAUUACUCUAUGGCUUUUA